UAUUCAAGAAUGCUCAAGGCAAAGAUCAUGCUCACCUUGACCUCACCUACUGGGAGCUUUCUAGGGAACAUUCUUGAGAAUGUUCACUUUGGUAACUGAACACAUUGAGAGGCUGUGAGAAAGGAUCGCCUUAAGGUUGCAGUGGUCCACUAUCUAUGGAAGCAACUCGAGGGAUCCCAGCUUCAGCGAAGGACUCCAUAGACAAAUAGGCUGUGUGUUAUCAUGAACUCAAAGCUGAGUGCAACCACAGAAGACAAUGCACUGUGGCCCUAGAAAUAGAAAGGAAAAUUUAUUUUCCUAAGUGUGAAGCUUUGCAGGCUCUACAUACAGCCUGUAGUGUAGCCCUGCAUCAUUAACAGGGGUGGGCGGGGGGUGGAGAGAAUGAAAGCAAAAGAGCACGCUGGCUGCCCCCUGGAUAACGGAAAGGUUCAGUGUAAAUAGAGAGUGGCUUGCAUAAUUCACUCUGACAUCUUACUACUAUGUUUUUCAACAUGGUAGCGGUUAGAUAUUCCUGAUAAUUUUUUUUUCCUUUUACUUUCAUAAUUUUCCUUUUGGCUUUCUUUUAUUUUGUAUUAUUUUUACUUUUAUUUAUUUUCUUCCUUCCCUCCAUCUCUCCUGCCUCCCUUCCUUUCCUUUCCUUUCUCCUUUCCUUUCCUUUCCUUUCCUUUCUUUCAUUCCUUUCCUUUCCUUUCCUCUCUUUUCCUCUCCUUUCCUCUCUUCUUUUUCUUUCUCUUUUUCUUCCACCUUCUUUUUUUUUAUUCUUUUGCUAGUGAAGGAGAAUUGGAUUGGUCAUUUUCAGAACAGGGAGCCUAAAUUGAUGCACAGAUCAGCAGCAUCCUUGUUGGAGUGGCCGUCACAUGAAUUCUUUGGAGAUCUCUGAAGAAAACAGAAAGAAACUGAAACGGUUUUCCAGGGAAGGGACCAUGUCUCAUUUCUUUUAAUCUUCUGUGAUAUCAAGCAUGAUGAUGUGAUUUACAGCAAGGCAUGAAUGAAUUAAUCAAGCCAGAUUCUCCACUGCUUCCUCUGGAGACCCUAUUGCUCUGAUUAAGAAGUUUCAACAGCACUGAAGAAAACAGCAGGUCUGCCUUUGUUUCCUACUUUUUAGCUUUUGACAUAUAGCUGAAAAAGUCCCAGAAAGCUGAUCUGUCAUCCCUGAAGAGUGACGGACUCAUUGUGCACUAAAGCAAACAUUUCUUCUGUGUGAGCCAAAAAAAGAAAAACGGCCAGCCAGACACCAGUAAAGAGAAGGCUAUCAACAUAUAGGCAUUUGAGGAACUGCUAUAUGACACAUUCUUGAUCCAAAUGGGAGAGAAUCAGCUCUCAUGAUGUCCCAGGGAACCUUAUAAUAAACAAGAGGGGAAAUUGUAGCAGCUUGUCAUCUGUGCUUGUACACUAGACUUCCAUAUAGUUACUAUAGACAAAUCCAAAGCAAAUAUGCAGACAGUUCUUUGAAAAAUCCCCAAAUCAUAUGUAGAGACUCAGACAGAUGUGGUAAAAGGAGGAGGGUUAUUUUAUACUUGGUAUAUUCAACCCUCUGGCAAUCAAUCUUUUAGAAGGAGCAGCAGUUGAUUGUGAAUUUAGAUUUUGAACCACAAUUAGGCAAAGAUAGUUUCUCUAGAGAGAAUCAUGCCUGCUAAUUACACGUGUACCGGGCCAGAUGGAGAUAAUACAGAUUUUCGGUACUUUAUUUAUGCAGUGACAUACACUGUCAUUCUUGUGCCAGGUCUUAUAGGGAAUAUAUUGGCCUUGUGGGUAUUCUAUGGUUAUAUGAAAGAAACCAAACGAGCUGUGAUAUUUAUGAUAAACUUAGCCAUUGCUGACUUACUACAAGUUCUUUCCUUGCCACUGAGGAUCUUUUACUACUUGAAUCAUGACUGGCCAUUUGGGCCUGGUCUCUGCAUGUUCUGUUUCUACCUGAAGUAUGUCAACAUGUAUGCAAGCAUCUACUUCUUGGUCUGCAUCAGUGUGCGACGAUUUUGGUUUCUCAUGUAUCCGUUUCGCUUCCAUGACUGCAAACAGAAAUAUGACCUGUACAUCAGCAUUGCUGGCUGGCUGAUCAUCUGCCUUGCCUGUAUACUCUUCCCCCUCCUCAGAACCAGUGAUGAUACCCCUGGCAAUAGGACCAAAUGCUUUGUGGAUCUUCCUACCAGAAAUGUCAACCUAGCCCAGUCCAUUGCUAUGAUGACCAUUGGUGAGCUGAUCGGAUUUAUAACUCCGCUUCUGAUUGUCCUAUAUUGUACCUGGAAGACGGUUUUAUCACUGCAAGAUAAAUAUCCCAUGGCCCAAGAUCUUGGAGAGAAACAGAAAGCCUUGAAGAUGAUUCUAACCUGUGCAGGGGUAUUCUUAAUUUGCUUUGCACCUUAUCAUUUUAGUUUUCCUUUAGAUUUCCUGGUGAAGUCCAAUGAAAUUAAAAGCUGCCUAGCUAGAAGGGUGAUUCUAAUAUUUCAUUCUGUGGCAUUGUGUCUUGCUAGUCUGAAUUCCUGUCUUGACCCAGUCAUAUACUACUUUUCCACUAAUGAGUUCCGAAGACGGCUUUCAAGACAAGAUUUGCAUGACAGUAUCCAACUCCAUGCAAAAUCCUUUGUGAGUAACCAUACAACUUCUACUGUGACAACUGAAUUAUGCUAAAAAAAGAAAGAAAAAACAAACUGAAUGUGACCUGAAAUGCAAGUACAUCAGAACAUAUCUGCAAUACCCAAGCCACAGGGAAGAACUCACACACGAAAAAAAAAACACAGCUUUUCAGUUCUGCUCUAUCUUACUGCUAUGGGGAAUUCAUGUCUUGAAAGCAGGACCUAUCUGGAAUAUUAUGAUCCACCACUAUUGAUGUUGACAUGUUCAUGUAGUAAUUUUUCAUCAAGUCUGUAAAUCUUAAAAUAUCAAAUUUCUGUGACAUCCUAUACACAUAUGCUCUCAAUUAUCGUCAGUAGUUCUACCUAUAAACCUCAGACACAAAAAAAAUUAUUAGCUUGGAGCUACCAUAAGCAUUUAGUUUUGUUUCAACAGAUACUGAGUCUUUAUAUGCAGAGGAAAUGUAGGUUUUUUUUUAUAUUAAUAAUCACAGUAUACAUGCCAUUUUAAUAUGUUUGGUUAUAUUUUAGUAGGACAGAUGAUAUAUUACCCUGUUUAAAGAAAAUGUUAUAAACAUAACAUUUUUAUCUCUUAAGUGUGAUUACACUUCAAAGUUUGAAGACUAAAAUAGCUAUUUUCUUCAUUUUUGUGUCAACAUGAAAUAUCAUUUGUCACACCUGUUCAUAGAAUGAAAAUCCAAACUCAGGCCUCUGUUAUAUUUAAACUAAGAACAAUACACAUAUUUCCAUACCAUAACCCUCUGUGACUGUAAAAGAUGCCAUGUUGCAUCCACCUAGGGCAGGUAGUUUGUCAAAGUCCAUUCAAAGUGACUCAAAUGGCCUCUAGACCUUGGAGAAAGCAAAAAGCAGAAAGGUGACAAUCGCUGUUCUAGCUCCCUUACAAUUUUUCUAAAGAACACUUCUGUAGAUGUAUGGACCCGCCUAGUAGAGGAAGUUUUUAUCAUGCUUCUAGAGUGACAUUCAGCUAAUGCUGACAGGUUCCUGCACUUUCUGAGCCUAUGGAAGAAGUAGUGCACUAAUAAAUCACUAAACUUAGGCCAGAGUGAAAAGAUGAAGCGAAGUUGAGUAAUCCUUUUAAAAUUCUCAUCACGUUGUAUCUCUUACUCUAAGGUAAGCACACUUAGCUUAGACUGCCAAGUCAUCUACACAAGCCAGAGUAAGUCUCUGUGACUCAUCAUCACAUACAUAUUACAGUCAGUCACAUGGACCUUAAAAUCCAUGUUGAUUGCUUUGGUCUAGCUUUGCCCCAGCCAUACCAUUCUAAAGCCUCCAAAUCCUAUCCCUUAGCAGCUGGGAAAGGCAAUUAUUUUACCAUAUGAAAAAUGUAUAGAAGAUUAAUUUGGUCAGCCUUGGGCAACCAAUGACCAAUGACUUGCCUGCUUCCUGUUUGGUACUACUGUGUGGGAAACAGACCCAGGAUAUUAGUCAUAAUUAAAUCUUAGGUUGUAAGUAUUAGAAUACUUUGAAACAUGUUUUAGCAAAAAGCUCUAACGUUAAGAAAGUUCUACUUAAAAUUUGUGUGCUAUAUAAUGAAGAUACCUUCUAUGUCUCAUAGAAGGAAUGUGGAACCCAAUCAAAGACUUUAUCAUAUUUAGAGAAAAGGGGUUGUUUUAGGCAUACAGUUAUGAUACUAAUACAUUAGGGGGAACACUGGUGACAUAAACAUGAAUUCUAACAUGUAAGACUGUUGGAAAGUUUUCUAAAGUUUUCUUUGGACAAGUGUUGAUUUUACACAUACGUUGUUAUUAAGAUAAUGCCCUAUUAGAAAACUGACUUUGUGCUGCUAGCAAUAGUGUAUCUAUGUGUCUCCUAAUUAUUCAUUGUAAGGUAUAUGUUUUGAUGUGUUAAAUAUGUUUUCAAUAAGUGUUAAAUUGUAUUUUUAAAAGGGUUACUAUAACUGUGUCUUGUCUCUUUGCUUUAAAGUGUCUUUUGUUUGACUGUAAUUUAAUGUGGUGAUGGGAUUGCAAGUAAUAGUUUUGUGGAAUUUUGAAAUAACUGUGGGUACUUGUAAUGUGAGAGUCUUAUCUAUAAGAUAUGUGUGUACUUACUAUUUUCUAGAUUAGCAUGAAUUACACUUCUUAAGGUCACUUUGGAAGAUGAUUUGAUUUUAUUAACAUUGAUUUCAGUUUGACUACCUAUUUUUUUUUUAAAGAAGAAGGGAAAUCUUUUCAGGAGACAAUUGACCUUCUUAAAAGAAUGGUUGAGGGUAGGGCCCAUUUGUUAGGCAGCCCAAUUACAUCAUUCCAAAAAAGGACAAGUAUUAAGUGUUCUUAUGCUGCUUACAUAAGGACACACUUUUUCCCCAGGCCUGCCCAUCUAAGUUUGCAUUCAGUGCUCUGAUUUACUUUAUUCACCCCUGCCCUAUGGAUAAGUUUUGUCUUCUGCUUUAUUCCCUUGCUCUCCCAGACAGCAACCUGAUCAAUUCAUUCACGCCAUGGUGCUAAUAGCUAAUGUUAGGUUAAUUAUUAAUUUACCCAGGAAUAUCUGAAUUCCAGGCCUUAAGACUAGGCAUUAAACCAAAGUGGUGACUUUCAAUGGAGGGCUAAUACAUAUUGAAGCAGACAGACUGGAGGGAAAGAUAUUUUUAAGAAAGUGGGUCCUACAACACUGCCUUUCAUAUUGCAUAUAGUAAGCGGAUACCUACUUUGCUUACCAUAAUGGAGAUGCUAACUUUUAAGAAAUUAAGAAAUGUAUCCAUGAACAUGGCUAUCAGUUUCUCAGAUGUCUGCUCGUCUUCUUUUCAUUUUGCCUCUCUCCUUUCCUACUUUGGGCCCGAUUCUCAGCGGAAGUCUAAACUAGUAGCUUCCUAAUUUAGGAGUACUGCUGCAGCUGCUAUCCAGACAGCAGCCUCCUCUCUGAGCUUCUCCAUUCUAUGAAGAAUCUUUUCUCCAGACUUCUCAUUUAUCACUCUCUGGGUUCCAUGAAAUUGUGGUGCAAAAAGUAAACACCCUCAACCAUACUAAUGUAUACUUCAAGAUAAAUAAUGCCACAUUUCCUAUAUAUAAAGUUGUUGAAUUUUGAUUCCCAAAUCCAUACAUAAUUAUUCCAAUAAGAAAAACUUUGAAGUUGUAGUGAUUUCUAUGUGAUAAUACUGUCAUUAUUAUUGUUGUUAAUAUUAUUAUGUUCAAAUGGUUUAUAUGUUUUCAUUGUCACUCAGUUAAUCAGCCAAUUCUAUUAACUGGUAAUUCCACAAAUGGACGCCAUCUGCCCCAGGAGCAACAGACCAAGCCGCCUUGGUCUGAGAGGGUGCAUCUGUGGAACUCUUGUGCAACUUACAUUUUAUGUCACCUUUUGGUUUUACUCCCAAGAUAAUGUGAAAAUGUCGCACUUGGAAUUUAUUUAUGGCCAUAACUUAUAAUAUUCAUUUUAAUAAUAAAGAUUAUCUUUGUAAUUACAUAGAAA